GUUGGAUUUUCAUCUUCACCGCGCGGCGCGUUUUCAGCCUCCACGCGUAGUCACAAUUAUCGAGACGACAUUCUCUUGCUUGUGGUAGUUACCGCAAAAUGAUUUGUCGCUCGUGUGCACCUCCGUGUUGAAGCACUGUCACCGCCGACGUCGAUGAAUCCAAGAACGCAGCUGUAGUACCUCUUCAUCUACAUGUCAAACAUACUUCGCCAGCGCCGACAGAUGUAAAUUCCGGCUUGCCUUCCCACACGAUAACAAUUCCGCGUUUUUUGUCCUGCGACGGUUUUUUUCUGGGAGCUUCGACGACACGCGGAUCCAUCCAUCAGAGUACAAUUUUCUACACCGAAAGCCACUCCACCUGACAUCCACAGAGUUAACAUCACGACAACACCAUACCGUGUGUGAAUCUACUACCUGAAAAUCUACACUCUUUUUUGCGAGGACUACACAUUUGAUAGCCAAAGUUUUCUUCACGCGUCGACCGGCCAAUACCAAAACUUUUCCAUCCGCACGAAGCAGAAUUUGCAUCACCACUCGUCCUUGUAGUUCCACGCCAAACCCGAGGGACCCUCCGCCGCCACUCAAAAUGGUUCAGGCGGCGCGCUUUAGCCUGCGUGAGAUACAGCUGGACAACAUGAAGAUCAACAAAAAGAAAUUCGACGGGAGUUAUUGUUUCAACCGGGCAGACAGCAAAUUGCUGACCGAGGUAAGUACUUACAGUAGGUACCAAUACACACCGCGCUAGCACUAAGUUUUGACAUUGAUUUAUGAAGUAGCAUCGAUAAAUGUUAUUAAUUUUUCUUGUGUUCCUAAGAAGUGCGAUAUGGAUAUCGAAAAAAGGUCCGACGGGAAUUGCGGCGCAGUUUGUCACAGGAAAGCCAAAUGGGCGCCGCCAAGGCUCGAAACCCGACCAAGGGAAGUCGCGCAUCAACGAACAAGAAGGCACGAGACGCGGAAGAUAGGGACAAUGCGAAUGCCCCACCUCCCCGUCCGUCUGCCAUGAUGCGCCGAAGUCGGACCAGCGAACCGGACGAGCUGCUGCCGAUCGUGAAAAAAGCUUUGAAAAACAGCGGACAGGGAGAUAGCAAAAGCAAGAAGCGCUGCAGGGGAAGACAAGAUGAUGUUGACGAAAGCCAUACCCCCGCACCCCCGCGGCGCAUGAAGUCCGUCAGUUUCGCGCCGGGGUCGCCCGAAACCAAUGUCUACCUGCAGAAAUCCCCAACGGGCCCACCGAUUCCGGCACACAAGCUCCUCAUGCGCCGGACGCGCAGCCUGGAGAAGCUAAACCGAGGUGAAGAACGGCCCGGUAAUCAUAGCGAUACAGCUACCUCCAAAGCGGCAAGUUGGACCUCCUUUCGGGCUAGACUUAUCUUCGGCUGGAAACGAGCGAAGGGCGCGCGACCAGGGAGGAAGAGAAGCAACAGUAGGACUGCCAUUGCUCCCGCUUCCGAGGCGCACGGUCGUGACGACGUGUACCCGCCAGCGGACCUCCCGGACGGAACUACAACAGGAGGAGAGCUGCAGCGAACCACAUCAACCGGGUCCUCUUCAGGACGGGAUAGUCCAACCGAGGAAGGCAGCACGUACGCAAAUUUAUGUUGAUUCUCAAAUAAGUAAAAUGCGUGAACAGGAGGGCGAUUUUUUUUCUGCUGCGUUUGAAAAAUGCGCGCACCAUGUUUAUCCAAAAGUAUCAAGGAAUCUAUUCUGUCGUGUCACAAAAGCACAAGGUUUCUAGUGUGGUAAGUAGUUGAAUCACGCAAACGCACAGGCACGCAACGUCUACUUCGGCCGUCGAUUCGAACAGCAACAUUCCCUCCGACAAUUCGCACAGCCGAGUGUUUAGUCGCAGUGUGUCCUUCGAAAGUAACCUUUCUGGCGGGAGCAGUGGCGCGAAGGCAAACAAACACGAGACGCGAUAUGAGGCGCUGAAGCGGCAGCAGCGAGAGGAGAAGGCCACAAAAAUGUCCGCUGUGUGUGGAAUAAUGUAAACAAUUGUGAAUUUGGAUUUGCAUGCAACAUGGUGAGCCUAUACUUCUACUGAUUCCCAGGAGAUGGUCCCGACAGUCAUUAAAGCAAUCCAGAUUAUCGAUAGAAAAAAUGCAACUUCAUCGAUCAUUUGCUGUGCUGCGAGGGUGUCUCCCAACAGACGACGUGUACGUAUUUCAAUUCCAAAAAAUUCGAAGCUUUGACUUUUCUGUUUUUCUUUCUUUCGAGUUUUUAAUGAAUGAAUUUCUUCCUCCCGUCCGGCGUGUGGUGCCUAUGUGUCGAUGUCGAGCACCAGCCGAGAAAUGUAGUAAAACAAGCACCAUGUCCAUGUUACAUAGAUUGAUGAUUGGUUUAAAAAGCACAUUUUCAUCGUGAACUUUUUUCGCUUCGCCCGCUUCGAUCUUCCUCGUUUAUUCUUGUUCUCCAUUAUUGAUCCGCGGCUUGGGAUCUCGUAAGGGGCAAAUAGACGUAUACCAAGACCGUGGGUGGGCUUGUAAGAUGGUUGAGAACUAACGUCCCAUUAGAAUCAGCAUCAGAAUAAGAGCCAAAGAAAAAGACGACACGAAAAUAGAAU